AGAGCGGCUUCUCCUUAUCUAAUAUCAUCUUUACAUCGUGGGUGCUAAAGGCUAUAACAUAUUAACAUUGAACAAUUUACUGGCCCGCAGCCCGCAGGCCACAGUAAGUGUCCUCAACUGAUCCGUAGGUCUGGCUUUUCUGUUUUUUCGAGAUGCCUCCUCCGCGAUUAGUUAUGAGCUUAUGCCUCCGUAUGCGGGUUGGACAGGUACGUCAUUUCCACCGAGUUUCCAUUUCCAAACGGCUAGUUUUACUUGCCCCUGACAAAUUCACUACUCCAGAUCUAAGGCACGUCUUGUCGGCCACAAAUCUCACAUUCGUUCGACACAGUAGUGGUGAUGGUCGUGAACAACCUGAAGUUCUCUCAUCGGUCAAUCGUGAACUCGUGGAUCUGACCGAAGAUGUUAUACCCGAAGCACCAGAAGUGCCUGUUGAAGCGGCAGUCGAACAAGUUGCAGUAGCCUUGAAUGCAUUAGGUGAACAAACACUACAAAGUGCAGGACUUGGUUCUUUCACUCCUGUAGGAUUAUUGCAAAAUGCUUUAGAAUUUAUGCAUGUCUCUUGUGGUUUGCCCUGGUGGGGUGCCAUUAUAGCAGGUACUACCAUAUUGCGUUUAUUGGUCUUUCCUUUAGUAGUUACAUCUCAACGCCAUACUGCAAGAAUGAAUAAUAAUAUGCCUCAGAUUCAAGCAUACCAAGAAAAAAUGACAGAAGCUCGAUUACAUGGAAAUCCUUAUGAAAUGGCAAGAGCUUCACAAGAACUUAUGUUAUUUAUGAAAACGAAUCAAGUAAACCCAUUGAAGGGUAUGAUACUACCAGCUAUUCAAUUUCCUAUCUUUUUAAGUAUGUUUUUGGGAUUACGAGGAAUGGCAAUGUUACCUUUAGAAAGCUUCAAAUAUGGCGGUCUUUGGUGGUUCUCCGAUAUUACAUUGCCUGACCAGUAUUUCAUAUUGCCUGUUAUUACUGUUAUUACUCUUGGCGUGACAUUAGAGCUUGGAGCAGAUAUUGGUAAACUUGCUUCCUCUGGUGUAGGAUUUGGAAAAUAUCUUAAAUAUGGAGUUCGUGUAUUACCUCUUGUUGUGUUUCCUUUUAUUGUGAAUUUCCCAUGUGCAGUAUGUUUAUACUGGGCGUCAACUAACUUUAUUUCACUAGGCCAAGUACUAUUUUUGAAAAUACCAAGUGUAAGGAAUUAUUUCAACAUUGAAGAAAAGAGGAAUGUAGAAAAACCAAAGUCAAAAAAGAAAGGAGUCAUUGGAGAGUUUAAAGAGUCCUGGAAAAAUAUGCAAGUCGUAAAAGAAAUUGAAGAAAGGGAACGUUUAGAUCAUAUGAAAUUCACACAAGCUGGUCGAGCAGCACCGGUUAAGACGUUUAAAUAUAAUCCAAAAAUUGUUGGAGGCAUUAAAAAGGAUAAUUAAUACAAAUUUUUGUAGUAUA